AUGCAGAGAAGAUUGAAAUUACAGGUUAAUUCACCUUUGUAUGAGCUUGACGUUUUUCAAUACAAUGAUGCUUAUUUUUCUAGCUUUUUUUUCAUCUUUUUUUUCAGGCACUUCUUCCUUAAAACACCUUGAAACUUCCUUGUUUUGAAGUUCCUAACUUAUUGAAAGGCUUUACUUGACUUAAUCCUUAUUGAGUUCCUCACUGAAAGAAACCUUUCAAUAAGUCAUUUGUGGAAUUUCAGGUCUUUAACUGGGUCGGACUUCGAGAAAAGUGCAGAAGUUUUCUUUUUCCGGAAAAAGAGUGUUGACCAAACUUUACAGAAGAAUGCUGAGAGAUUUCAAAUCGAGAUUUUAUUCAUCUUUUACCCUUUCCGAACCGCUUUCAAUCUUUUUACUUUUCAAAAAUCGUUUCUUCAAACCUUACUCUCUAUCAACCUAUCGAGCUCCAUUUUUUAAAAGUUUCCUUGCCAAUUCUCUUGUCUUAUCAAAAAAUUUCUCUUCCGAUCCUUAUAAUCGUCUAUUUACUUCCGAUUUCUGAUAUGCCUCGUCGUUUAACGACUUGAAAAACCGAGUUUUCAUUUUUUUUUUCAGAAGAACAAAGGAGGUGUUGGGACCUCGCGGAGGAGGACGAUUAUUCAAACGAAAAUGAGCUUGUAUUAGGAGCGCACGAUAAAAGUUCUCCUCCCGGCGGCUUCCCAUGCAGCAAUUGCCGCAGGUGAUAUAUUUUUCAUACAGCAUUAAAAAUAACUAUAGUUUUCAAUUUUCCAGUUAAAAUUUUAAUAAUAUUCAUUCAGGUUGAACUAAAAAAUUGAAAUUUGAAAAAAAAAGAUCAAGUUUUUUUUAUCUCAAAACAUAGUGAAAAGAGGAGCGGUUAUCCAGUACAUUUAUUAGUUCAUAACUAAAGUAAUUUUCACUUUUCUAAACAGAGUUGUAAAAUCAGCUUAUUGAGAAAAAAAUGGCACUUUUCGCACUUACUAACUGUAAUGAACACAAUUUGACACUCAAUUGAAGUUCAAGUUGUUCACAUAUUCCAAAUGAACCUUUUUUUGUUCCAGGAAGUUUGCAAAGAAUUUCCCAGAUCAACUCGAUGGAAAAUCAAGAGGACGCAGCGCCCAAGCAGGUUUGCCUUUUUCUCUUCGUUUUGGGCUGACCUUCUUGUUGAUUUUUGUUCCCUUCCAAUGGCCAAAUCAACUCGAAUGAAGAUUAUUUUGACCUGAUAUUUGAGGAGAGGGAAAUGGGCAAUCUGAAUGGGAUUCGCGAACAGGAAGUGCUUAAGAAAUAUCAAAAAAUUACAUACAAAAAAACUACAGACAAAAGGAAGUUAUCGUUGUAAAUAAAACUAUCUCAUUGAAAAAAAUUCAUAAACCUGUAUACAUCACUGAUGAGGUGACAUGAUCUUCUGAAAAAAAAUUUGUUUCAUCAACAGAACUAAAAAAUGCCCUCUAAAGGAACUCCUUUCUUUUCCAGACCACGGUUCCGUUGCAAUCACAGCCUAACGUUUUGUCGCCGGCGUUCCGGCUCCCGGGAGCUGACGAAGCUUCAUCUAGUCGUGAGUUUGCGUUUUUGGAAGAUGCUAGCCUCAAAAAUACUAAAAAUGCAGCAAACUUCUUCAAUUAGUGAAUUGUAGGCUUUGAAAACAGGAAACGUUUGGCAGGGUUGAAUUUUUUCCACAAAAAAGAAAAAAAGCUGAAAGGUUGAGUAAUUUGAUCCAUAUUGAACAAGUAAAAAGAAGCUCAAAGUUUGAAAAACUUAACAAACGGCUCUUCUUCAGAUUCCGCCCCGCAGCCAAGUCCAAUCGGAGCGUUUCGAUUUCCAACCAACCUUUUUCAAAACGACCUCCUGCGGUCUUUAGCCAUCCAAAAGCCGCUCUCUGCACGUGAGAUUUUUUUGUCAAAAUCAAUGGAUGGAGCUUGUUUUUUUUUUUUUUUUAUCUCAAUCAUAACUUUUCAGGCUGUUCGGAAGAAUCUUCAAGCAGCGUUGUUCUGUCCGACUGGGUGGGUCAUCGAGUGCUUGCUCGAGUUCCUGCCGGCACCUACCAACAGGGCCGAGUCAAAAAAGUCAACGAGAACCGCGACAUCACCAUUCAAGUCCGUUUUCCGGCUUAGAAUAUUGAAACUCAUUAACCCUCUUUCAAUCAAAAAUCAGAUUGAUGGUGAUGAGGUCUAGAGAGAAUAUUUGAUGCAAAAAAAGUUUUGAAAGAUGAGUCUCUUUGAACUCAUUGUUACUCGGUAAACAAAUAGAUCUGAGUUUAUUAUGACUUUUCUGAGCUUAAAAUUCUGUUAUACCUUUCGAAUUCGGAGUUACCCAGCUUUUUGCCUAAUCGAAGUAGUUUGGAAGCCAUUGGGCGGUAUCAUUUGAGAUCGUGAUCACGGUACUAUGAGACUUUCUUGAAGAUUGACGACCAGAAUGAGCAAAAAGAACAAGUUCAAAACCAGAAACCAAGUUGAUCUUCUGUUUUCUGUUUACUUCCUGAGUAAUAUUUGAUUAGGACGGCUUGGAAAUCAGCAAUUUUUAAAAUUGUUUUAUGUUCCAACUCAAAAAAAUUGAUGCGAAAUUAGCAUUUUUCACUCGACUUUUUUUCCAGCUAGACGAUGGUCGGGACGUUCGGUACGACAACAUCAUGAUUGAGUGCAAUUGGACUCAAAUCAUAGCCGAUCAAGCGCCAAGUCCAUCGGAUGUUAAACUUCUUCUCAAUUUGUCAUUUUCAAAGGGAAAAAUUUAAGAUCAAAUGCAAGACCAUCGUAUGUGUAAGGUCGCCAGCCGACAACAGCGUGUAUCGAACUGCCGAGCUUGUUUCUUCUUACGGGAAUCCUUCGAAAUAUGUGGUAUUUUUGCGAAUAUCUGACUCUGGAAAAGAUCAUGAACAUCUUCAGGUACGAGCGACGUCUUCUGAUUCUGAAAAUACGGUAACUAGAGCGAGUCUCCGAUUAUUGCGCCCACCUUGGUACGAAGAAUUGAUUUUGAUGCAAGAACUACGAACGACAACCAAUACAAGGUGAGAGACUAAAUUACUAUACUGUUUCAUAGAGAAAAAGGUAUUGUAUAUAUAGAAAAAAACUUCCAGCUUUCAGAUUCAAGAAAUAGCUUUUUUCAGCUGCUCUGAUCUAACUAAACUGAAAAUGUCGAAAACACGUAGAAAUUUGAUUCAGCGUCCGAAGAACAUGAAAAAAAUUUGGAACCGGGUUUUAGGAAAGAGCUUUGAAGAUUUUAAAAACCUCUAAAAGUUUCUAAUAAGUCCUGAAUAACUCUGUGAAAACUGCGCCGAAAAAAAAAUUAGAAGUGCCAGAAACGCUUGAAGUGAAAAAUGUUUGUCUCAAACUGAGAAGUUCUUCAAAAAAAGUAUAUUUUGCUAUCAUCUUGUCAUUUUUUCAAGCAAAAAAGCUGAAAAAAGUUCUCCUUCAAAUUAAUAUUAUGAUUUUUCAGUGCUAGUGCUGCAACGACACCUUCUAUACUACCAUCUCCUCUGUUGCCAAACGGCAAUGGAAUGCUUCCUGAAAAUCUUCUUUUGAUAGCCCUGCAACAACAACAACAAAGAUUCCAACAGUUGCAACAAACCGCAGCCGCGGUCGUCUCAUCGCAGCCUGCUCCGUGAGUUGAAAAAAACUGAAAUUUCACUUUCAGAUUUCUUAACUUACCUCUAAUUGUUACGAAAAAAAACCACCAGAUUUUAUAACGAAUCAGUUAAUUUGUCCUGGACAUGGACACUAUCAUUUCAAAAGCAACUUUCACAAAAAUCCGAAAAAAAAGAACAAACAGAAAAAAAGAAUAUUUCCUUUGUUUUUGAUGAAGUUCAGCGCGAACCGUAUUUGGUCAGAUGCAUUCCAAAAAGAGCACUGAUGAUGGCGUAAUUUUUUUGUUGGUUGAAAUGAUCCAUGAGACUCGAAUAUUGCUAAAAUUGAAUGUUUUAAUAAAUAAAUUUUUUUGGGAAAAAAAUAUCAAAAAAAGGCCUUCCAGUUUUAACAAAAAAAUUUUUUUCCCUCAGGUUUCAUAUCACCUAGGCGAUCAUCAAAAAUUAAAAAAAUGCCUGUGAAUUUCCCAUUUAGAAGCAGUUCUGACCAUACUUCCACCAGAAAACUUCUCAGUUUUUUUUCUCAACUUCAAAAAUUUUUGAAGAAAAGGCUAUAAAAUUUAAAAAAAAGAAGCUCUUUGAGACCAUAAUCAUCAUCGUUUUUUUGACUCUGAGAUUUUUCCAAAUUCUGAAAGGAUCUACACUUUUUUCCUUAUUUUUGAGAAAAAUAUUGAUUCUCUGGAAGAAUUUUUUUCCAAAAAGAUUUUUUUAUCAUUAACUUACCCUAGGUAUCAUUUCCAAGCAACCUCAUAAAGCCUUGGGUUGUUUUUGAUAAGCUCAUAAGGCGGAUUAAGGCGCAAGUUCUUUCCCAUUAUCCCGCGCGCUAAGGCACAAUAAACAUGACGUGUGCCAUUCUUUGGCCUUAAAAACCUGGUCAACUUAUUCGGAAAAGCCUUAAACCUCUUUUUAUUCUUGAGAAGUGACGUGUGGUCAAUAAGCUGGAGCUUUGUCAUGUGGUUGGUAGUAACAUCACGUCAUCUAGUCCAUUUCCUCUAAGGGAAAAAAGUUAAUUGAAGCAGAUGUUAAUAUGAAAAAAAUGACUACGUUUCACGAAAAAAACAUUUGGCCGGUUCGCGUCACAGGAUUGUAAUUUGCAAUUCCUGAAAUAACUACAGACGAAAUUUACACCUGUUGAAACAAACUAAAAAAUUUCAAUGAUUUGGGAAAAUUCGAGUCAACCGGAUGACAGGUGAAAAAAGUUUGUUCUUGUGAUGAGAAAUGGCCUUUUGACAUGGAUUAAGGGUUGAGAUUCAUUCAACAAGCUCAGGCUGGACGGAAGCGGCGGUUCGAAAAAGUCGUCCGCGGUCGGAAGCAUCGACUCCGACGAGGAACUCCCUGGACCCUCCCAGCCACCGAGCGGCCAGCAGCAGGUUCGUUUCCUACAACUAUCAAAAAUAUUUAAAGCUUAUUCCCUCAAAUCUAAAAAAUUCCUGAAAACUUAAAAAUAACUUCAUAGUUUAUUCCCCACUGACUAUAAAAAAUUCUCAACAAGUUUUUUUUAUUUUCUUACACUAGUAAUGAAUAAGAGAUACAGAGCUCCAAAAGGAGAAGUUCCUGAAAAUUCACCCGAGUUACAAAUCAUUUCCGUUCUUACUGUGACCUUAUGAACAAACAAGACUGAAUUUUGUAAUGAAACAGCCCUUCAGUUGUAGCCUCAACAAGAUGAGUUGCAAAUCUGAGAAUCGAAAAAAUCCCAAAAGAAAUAUUAUUAAUAGCUGAGACUCCAAACAAAGCUUCUACUCCCACUUUUUUUCAAAUUUUUUCCCAGCUUUUGUGGUUUUUCCAAUGACUGAAAAAGUAGCCGUGGGAAACACAUAGUAAAAUAGAAUUUCUUCACUUAUUCUGAUCAGUUUUCCUGUUUCUCAGCUGUUUAAAGUCCAAUCUCCAAUCGGAAGCUUAGUUGUGAUUCUAUCAUUUUAUAGCCGUGAGAUUGGAUAUCAAGGAUUUGAAGAAAUAUGUUUUCAAGCUUUGUUUUUUGUGUUCUUGGAGGCUGGGAUUUUUUUCCGUGUUUGAAUCUCUUCUGAAACGAUUCAGUACAAUUUCGAAAGAACUUCCAUUUUCUGAAGCUAGUGCCUAUUGAAACUCUUAAGUUUCCUUUUCAAAACCUUCAUAUAACUUUCCUUCACUAAUGGCUAAAAAUCGAACUCUGUAGACACUUUUUAAGAAAAGCUUAAAUCUUCUCUCAUCUUCAUUACGCAAGUGAACGUGACAAUAUCCAGUCUCCAUUAUGCGUUGGCUAAUGGAAAUUCAUUGUUCCUCAUCUUUAAGGUUGAAGUAUCGUAAGCAAACCAAAAUAUCCAAAUCUCUUCUUUAACAAAAUGAUUCGUGUAAGGCGUUUUUUCCUUAUCUUCCCUUUCUUAAGACUAGUAUUGAUGCGUUAAUGCUGAGCCCAUUGUACGCAUUUGCGGCAUACGGUAAUCCUUCUAGAGAGAGUAAGAGGUGGAGCACGCAAGGUUGUCAAGAAGCUGUUUUCCGGCUUUGCCGUCUAGCAACCCGCUUUUUUCUCAAAGUCUACGGUAGCUCGCCUUUCAGAAUUCUUCGUGCUUUCCUUUUAUAUUCAAUUUUUUCCAGACAGAAGUUUCACCAUCGGCCGAAGGUUUUCAAACGACACCUGUUUCGAGGAAGAUUUUUGUACCUCCACACGAAACCAGUGCUUUUGACGACACUUCAGAAGCCACAUCUUCUUCGAUGUUUCAGCCGCAGGUGAAAAAUUGGUUUUUUGAGAUCCAGAGAACAGAAAGAUGUUGUUUUGUCUUUCAAUGAGCGAUUGAAAAAGAUUUUUUGAGUUUGAAAUUGGAAAAUCGAAAUAUUCAUCCUUCAAAUUCUCUGGAGAGUUUUGCGAACAAAUACUUAUUGGAUUCGUUAAAACGAAGAUCCUUGAAAAACUUUCAGUUGUACGACUUUUUAAAGUCGUGGGAAGAUGCCAUCAAAAUUUACACCCCUCUAGCUGAGAAAAUAUUAUGCCUUUUUUUCAAAAAAAAUUUUUGAUGAAAUUUGUCACAACUUAUUCAUGAAAAGUUUGAAUAUUGAUUAUCUUAAUGGGUGUAUAAGGUUCCUUUUUAUUUUACGGUAUAAAAACCGAAAGUGAAAAUUUACAGCAGCGCUAUCGGAAAGGCGAAAUUGUCACCACUCAGUGUGGCAUCCGUAAAAAGUUCAACGGGAAACAGUGGCGGCGGCUGUGUUCGAAGGAUGGUUGCAAUAAGGUUUGUACUUCGGUCUCUGCAGUUUUAAAAGAAAUAGAAAAAUGAAGAAAGGUUAAAACAAUCUCCCAAGUCCUUGCUGUUGUGUUUGAAAGUGUUCAGCUGGAACACAGCUAUUCAAGGCGGUUGUGAAGAUUGUUGAAAACUUCUUCAAGUUCUUCAUUGAAUAUUUUUGAGCUAAGUAAAUAUAAAUAAAAUUGGGAAAAAAUUGCAUUGAGCCGUCGAAUUUUUGCUUCGGAAAAUCUCAAAGACGCAAUCGGAUAUUUGAAACAGCAAUCUUCCGCAAAUCAAUGACAUUUAAGUUGUGAAGAUGCCGAAUUCGAACUGCAUCGAUCAAUCGAAAAUUUGAGACAUCUGAAUUAUAUAAUUCCUACCGUAAGCAAAUGUUUGAAGCAAGCGAUUUAAAAAAACAGCAAGAAAUUGAGACUUUCAAAACCACAAGAUUGACAAUUUUUUUGAUGUUCUGUGGCUAAAAUUAGGACUAAAAUUACAUUUAUACUAUUUGAACCCGAGUUCAGACUUGCGAGCUUCAAAAAAAAAUUUCUUUUCGAGGAAUUUGCUCAAAAACAGUUUCUUCUACCUACCGCAGACAUGCAAACUUUCAACGCAUUUCAGUUUUACACUGUCACCCACACAAACACACAAAGUCCCGCGCCAAGUGACAAAGAAUAAAAAAGAAGAAGGAGAAGACGAAAUAACAAAAAAUACAAAGAUUGAUUGAUAACAUACCUUAAAUAGCGUUGCGCGUCUGGAAUGUUAUUGGACGGAAAAACUGGCGAAAAAGUCAAAUGUCCAAGUCAUGCGACACUGUUUCAGAGGUCGUUUCUCCAAAUUGUCCACCAUCUUCCUCUUUUCUCCGUCGUUUAGUUGUAAUCGUUGGGAAAACAUAGGAAAUCAAAUUUUUCUCUCCAAGUUUGAGAUUGCGCUUACUUAUCCAGAGAAAUAUUUUUUAUAAUUCCACCAGGAAGGUAAUUUCACUCGAAACUUUAACUUUUUUGAAAGUCCUGCCGAAAAAUCAUUCCAAUGAACUGGAAAAACCUUCAAAGUUUUAUUUUCCUGAAUCUCAUAGUUCUAAGAAGAAUUACAACGUCUCAAUCUCUACUAGGCGGAAAAUUUUUCAGAGCAUCCCAUGUUAAAAAAAGAAGGUUCAAACUCUCAGAUUUUUUCCCCUGUAAAUCUGAAUUUUUUUAAUUAAGAAAUCAGAACUGAUGCUUGAAAUAAUUUCUGUAUGUUUAAAAAAACAAAUUAAUAAGUUCCAAGAACCUUUUUGAAUUUCUCAAAGUUUCCUCCUUUUAAUCCAUCGAAUGGAUUUUCAGGAAUCUCAGCGACGAGGGUACUGUUCACGGCAUCUGUCACUGAAAAGUAAACCUCAUCACGCUCAUCACCUCGAAAGGAACUCUCCGAGCAGCAGUGCUGGUAAGAGUAGAUCCAAUAGAGAGUAG